ACUUCUUCUCAGGACAACUGUUUCCCAAAACCAUCAGGAGGUUGCAAAUGCAAUGUUGAUCUCGGACAUGGCGAAGAGGUUAGGGAGUUCUCCGAGGAUGCCGACUGCAAAAAGAGCCUUGAAAAACAGACUGCUGAGCAUAAGAAGGAGCUGAACGAAGAAAUCAAAGAGAAGUUUGGAGAUUUUAAGGAGAACUGCUUCCCAAAGCCAUCUGGUGGAUGUAAGUGUAACGAAAGAGAUGCAGAAGGAAAUGAGCCAUUAAGAGAAUUCUGGGUGAUGCCGGCAGAAUUUGGAUGUCUUUGCGUGAUUGGAAAAACUGCUGAAGGCCGAGACAUCACCGAGCGCCGCAUGAAGGACGCCGACUGCAAAUGCAAGGAUGGAGAGAGAGGACCAGGAUGCCCUGCUGCCUAAAC